AUGAAUAACGGACGGGGAGAGGCAGAAGUCCUUGCGACUUUCAACGAUGGCUACCAAUAUUCCAAAACCAAGCUCGAAGAGAGCUUGCGGCAAGUCAUGGCGCUCAAACCCACCAAGUCCUCCAAGGAUGCUACUGUCGUGAAACGAGAGGACGUCGAACUCAUUGUAAAUGAAUUAGGCAUUCCUAGGUCGCACGCCGAAAAGGCGCUCUUGGAAAGCGGGGGCGAACUCGAAAAGGCCCUUCGUGCGCUCGUUGCGAGCUGA